AUGGAAGACUACACAAAAAUUGAGAGAAUUGGGGAAGGUACCUAUGGUGUUGUAUAUAAGGAUCAACAUAAAACUACAGGUCAGGUGGUAACAAUGAAGAAAAUCAGAUUAGAGAGUGAGGAGGAGGGCGUUCCAAGUACUUCAAUUGGAGAAAUUUCUCUGUUGAAAGAACUUCGUCAUCCUAACAUUGUCAGCCUUCAAGAUGUACUCAUGCAGGAUGCUAGACUCUACCUCAUUUUUGAAUUUCCCUCUAUGGACCUCAAGAAAUACUUGGAUUCCAUGCCUCCUGGCCAGUAUAUGGAUUCUUCACUUGUUAAAAGUUAUCUGUACCAAAUCUUACAAGGCAUUGUCUUUUGUCACUCAAGAAGAGUUCUUCACAGAUAUUUGAAACCUGGGCCAGUGUUUCUAGUCUGCUUUGUAUAG